CAAACUCCAAAAAAGAAGAAUAAACAGAGAGAGAGAGAGAGAGAGAGAGAGAGAGAGAGAGAGAGAAUCUCCGGCUUAUUCAUGGACUCGUCUCAAACCACCGGCUUAUACCAACAACCGCUUCUCCAGCCUCACGCCGAUGAAACCGCACCGCCACCUCAGCUUUCUCCGUCGACGGAAUCAAGCAACGGCGAGCUAGAGAGAGUGCUCUCCGACGUGGAAACUCCUCUGUUUCUUCGCCUACGCAAAGCCACAAUGAUUGAAUCGAAGCUUCUCUUCAAACUCGCUGCUCCCGCCGUCGUCGUCUACAUGAUAAACUACCUCAUGUCCAUGUCCACUCAAAUCUUCUCCGGCCACCUCGGUAACCUCGAACUCGCCGCCGCUUCUCUCGGCAACACCGGAAUCCAAAUCUUCGCUUACGGUCUCAUGCUAGGAAUGGGAAGUGCGGUGGAGACGCUGUGUGGACAAGCGUUUGGAGGAAGAAAAUACGAGAUGCUCGGCGUUUACCUACAGAGAUCCACCGUGUUGCUUACUCUCACCGGCGUUCUUCUCACGUUAAUCUACGUCUUCUCCGAACCGAUCUUGCUUUUCCUCGGAGAAUCGCCGGAGAUAGCUUCCGCUGCGUCUCUCUUCGUCUAUGGUUUAAUCCCUCAGAUCUUUGCCUACGCAGUGAAUUUCCCGAUCCAGAAAUUCCUCCAAUCGCAGAGCAUCGUUGCACCUAGCGCUUACAUCUCAACCGCAACGCUCUUUGUUCACCUUCUCUUGAGCUGGCUCGCUGUUUACAAGCUUGGCAUGGGGCUUCUUGGUGCGUCUCUUGUGCUUAGUCUCUCGUGGUGGAUUAUUGUGGUGGCUCAGUUUGUUUACAUCGUGAUGAGCGAGAGGUGUCGUGACACGUGGAGAGGGUUUAGUGUUCAGGCGUUCUCCGGUUUACCGAGUUUUUUCAAACUCUCCGCCGCCUCCGCCGUGAUGCUCUGUCUUGAGACUUGGUAUUUUCAGAUCUUGGUUCUUCUCGCCGGACUUCUUGAGAAUCCGGAGCUUGCUCUUGACUCUCUUUCCAUUUGCAUGACGAUUUCAGGUUGGGUGUUCAUGAUAUCUGUUGGAUUCAAUGCAGCGAUCAGUGUAAGAGUGAGCAAUGAACUUGGAGCUGGAAACCCUAAAUCAGCAGCGUUUUCUGUAAUCAUCGUCAACAUUUAUUCGUUAAUCACAUGCGUGAUCUUAGCCAUUGUUAUUUUGGCGUGCCGUGACGUUUUGAGCUAUGCGUUCACUGAGGGUGAAAAAGUCUCGGCCGCGGUUUCUGAUCUCUGCCCUCUUCUUGCUUUAACGCUUGUCCUCAAUGGAAUCCAACCAGUCCUCUCCGGUGUUGCGGUUGGAUGCGGUUGGCAAACGUUUGUGGCGAAAGUUAACGUCGGAUGUUACUACAUCGUUGGAGUUCCUCUUGGAGCUCUCUUUGGUUUUUACUUCAAGUUCGAUGCCAAGGGUAUAUGGACAGGAAUGAUAUGUGGUACAGUUAUGCAAACGGUUAUUUUAGCGUGGGUCACGUUUAGAACAGAUUGGGUAAAAGAGGUGGAAGAAGCUUCUAAAAGGUUGGACAAAUGGAGCAACAAGAAACUAGAAGUGGUUCCUGAAUGAUGAAAAUUGAUGUAAGUUUAGUCUUAAAUGAACCGACUGGAUUCAUCGGUUUAAUAAAAACCGAUGCAAAGGCUCAACAUAACCGGUGAGCUGGUACAAUAGGACAUGUUUUUUUUAAAUCCUCUACAAUUCGAUUUUACUUUCAUUAAUGCAAGUCCUAGCUUAAAAUAAGUAACAAGUUGGUAAUGUUGUAUGCCAAAUAAAUUAAAUGGGUAUUGCUUUACUA